AUGAAAAUUAUUAAAUGGAUUCGACGCAAAGGCCAAAAGAGUUCCACUUCCGAACGGGGCUAUUCGCCCAAGACACUCAAGAGAUUUGACAGUGUGGGGAGUUUUGACUUCUGUCCUGGCUUCCAAUUGAACUCGGUUCAACAGCCCAGUCCUCGACUGAAGAACAAAGACAGACCAACGGAAGAGGAGCUCCAAAAGGCCGAGGACCUGCUGAGAAUCAAAUACAACCUUCUACCCAGUGAUUCUCCCCCUUCGGUCAGAAGGAACCAGAAUCUUUCGGCGGUUCCAGGACCUCAACUCCCCGCAGCUCCUCACUUGGACGAGUUCGAAAUCGUUCCAAAACAAAGGAUAGGACAAUUUCUCACAGUUUUUGAUCUGGAAGAAACGAAUGCCUUGACGAGUAUUGGCCAAGGAGAGCCAACCAAUGCCGUGGAGUCAAAAAAGUUCUAUACCAUUGAUAGGAACCGUAUUCAAGAGGACCUGACUUUAGGUCAGAACAAGCGAGACACAUUCUCAUCUCUUAGGUCCAACCGUAGGCCUGAUCUGUUGAUACAGCCUGAGAGACCACGACGUUUGAAAACCGAUACACUACCCAAGGACACUUUCGGGAGAAAACCUGCCCUUCCUGGUGUUUCACAUCAACCUCCAGAUAUCUUGGCCAACGCUCUUGUUGCCAAACUUCCCUCAGAUUCGAAAGAGAGCUCUAGCAAAAAUGGGAACGAAUCCCGGAAUCAGGUUCAGAUUCGAACUUCGCCGCCACAAUCUGCCGUUCCUCGUACGAAGAAGCGCUACAGUUGCCAUCAGGACAACAAGAAUCCGUUUGUCGAGGAGGAACCCUUGGAGGACACCACUUUUAAUGGUCACAUCAGUAAAGCAGAUCCAACCCUUCAUACUCCCCACUCUUCGGUGGAGCGGAUCAUUAAGAAACCUCGGGAGAACGAAAAUCCGUUCAAUGACUCAACUUUGACAAAGGUCCCCUUAGAAGUCACUGAGAAAGGCGUCUCGCCCCCAAGGGAUGAAACAACUACUACUGCCGAAAAUGGUACAUCUCCCGUUCUGAAAAGGAAACCAGCUUCCAGCCCUCUUCCAUCAACCAAAAAGAUGCCAGCCCCUCAACCCCCAACUUUCUCUAACAAAGACGCUAAUCAGAUCCAGCUUCCAGUGGUUGCACCAGUUCGUAAAGACUCCCAUCAGAAAGUCAAGGCCGCCUCCAAACUGUUUUCCCAAAAAGCCACAACCGGUGUCAAGCAGGGAUCAGACUUCUCGAUCCAAAGUGCGAUUGCCAAAAAACACGAUCAAACUAACAGAGAUAAAGGGUCGUCAGGGACGGAGCAAAAAUCAUGCAACCCAUUAGAAGAGGCUAUAAGGAACGUAGAGUCAUUACAAAGAGAACUAUCCCUCGAGACCCAAUUCCUUGAAGAUCUUCGUUUGAAUCCAAAAAGCACAGAGUCAGAGACUCCCUCUAAGGUAGAAAGGGUCCGAUACCAGGGAUCGAAAACCAAGUUCGGAGCUGACAAGACCAUAAUGCAACCGUAUCAAAUUGAGCCUCAUAUAGCUCCGAAACUGCCUAUUGUGGACAACUUGUUUUCGAAAUCUCCUUUGUCCCAAAAGACUGAAGCAGCUGUUUUGGAAGAGAGUGUGCCUUCUUCCAAAGAAACUGCUCCGCUGACAAAGAAAAGCCGGGAUCAGAUCAUAGAAGAAGAGCCUCAUUACAAGGUUCCAAAAUCCCCUCCUGUUCCAGUCUGUGGUGUUCCAAUUGAUGCAGAUAAGAAAGAAGACCAAGCCAUUUACACAAGCAUUAAAAAGACAAGAAAGAAGAACAAUCGUGAACUCAGAUUGUUAAUGUAUGUUGAGGAUAGAGAGGAAGUAGUUGGACCCUUGGAGAUACAAGCCAAUCCUGAAAUCUUACUGGCUCAUUUCAAAAUCAAGAUCAAGGACAUGUUCAAUAUUCCCAUUAAGAACCAACUUUGGAUGUUCAAGAAGAAGCCAAUGCUUGACGAUGAAAAAAGCUUGUCAGAAUACGAAGUGAGAGAGAAUGAAUCCAAAUUAUAUCUGUAUCUUCAACGAACAACCCGAGUGGACAAACCCAAAACAUCUGAUGGACCAACAGAACCAAAAUCUGAGCCCAAAGAAGAAUCAAAAGCCAAACCAAUGUCAACACCCGUACCAAAACCUAAAGAAGUUUCCAUCUCAGAAACUGAAAAAGCUACGGAGCCGAAAGUCAUCAUGAACGAGUACAGAAGCUUGGAUGAUGUCAAUCUCAUUCCGAACGUGGAGGAGUUCACUUGCGAAAUAUGUUACAGUGACUAUGAACCUGGAGAGGGAGUGGUUCUCCGAGAAUGUCUCCACACAUUUUGUCGCGAUUGUCUGAUUGGAACCAUCACCCAUGCCACAUCAGUGCAAGUUCAGUGCCCGUUCAAAAAUGACGAAUACACGUGUGACAUGAACAUUUUGGAACGCGAAAUGAAAGAGUUGGUUUCUGAGGACGUUUUGAAGCGGAGGGAAAAGCAGAGCUUGAAAGAGUUGCAAACCGGUGAUGAGAAGAUCUUCCAAUGUCGAGCUGACAAUUGCGAAGGAUGGUUCUUUUUGGAUGACGACGCCCUGAAUUUCAAGUGUCCUCAGUGUCAGGCUUUGAACUGUGUAUCUUGCAGGGCGGUUCACACUGGGGUGGAUUGCAAACAAUACCAAGAGCAAGAAUUCGAUUCCAAAAACCCAGAUAGCAUGAAGACCAUGGAAUGGAUUAACGAUCUGAAAAAAUCCGGAGAAGCUUUAAAUUGUCCCAACUGCAAUGUGCUUCUGCUGAAGAAAUGGGGCUGUGAUUGGCUCAAAUGCUCUUACUGCAAAACUGAGAUAUGUUGGGUGACCCAACAACGCCGGUGGGGGCCUGGGGGCCGCGGCGACACCAGUGAAGGCUGCAAGUGCAUGGCUGAUGGACGGACCAAGUGUCACCCGAAAUGCAAUUAUUGUCAUUAACACGGUCGCUGAAUUAAAUAUCCUUAAAUGUU